AUGGCGAAUUUUUCAGAAAAUACAGAAAAUAGCGAUCCAGGCGAAAAUCAGUGCGCAGAGAAGCCAAAGGCUAAAUCCGCUGGCUCCGCCCCCUUCCGCUCAUUUGAUCUGAAACAGUUAUCGUCUGAAAUGAAGCGAAUGGCGGAUGGUGGAAAGCUGUUUAAUAUGAUGAGAGAGGUCGAUCGAAUGGGCGGAAUGCGUGGAUUGAUGAGACGUCGUGGCCGAGGAGGAGUGCAGAAAUUUCUCUAA